CUCUCCACCUCUUUCUCCCUCCCUCCCUCUCUCCCUCCUCCUCUCUCCAGCGGGGGCCGUGGCAGGGUUGUCCCAGAGCAGGGAGAUGAGACGUGAGACGGACUGCUGUCCCGGCUGAAUCCCGCCGCUCUCCUCUGUGUUCCUCUCCUCCUUCUUCUCCUUCCGUCUCGCUCGCUCGCUCUCUCCCCCGCUCUCUUCUCCUCCCGUCUCUUCGGUCAUGGAGUCCAACGGCAAGAAGAUCCAGUUUGCAGUUCCGGCGUUGCAGAGUCCUCUGGACCCGAAAGCAGCUGAGCAUAUCCGUAGGAGAAGACCUACCCCCGCCACCCUGGUGGUCUACAGAGACACGGCAGCUGACCUCCAGCCCAGCAGCCAAUCAGGACAGCAUUCCCAGGCCCGCCCCGCCCAGAGGAAACGAAGCGUGUACACUCCGCCCACCUUGAUAGUUCUAGAGAGAGAGCUCCCAGAAGACAGCAGCAACCAGGAAGUGACCGACCUCGGCCUGACUCGGCCCGUUUCAACAGCCACGGAAUCCUCUUCCGGUUCCACACCCAGACGCAAGGACACCCCCUACCAGCACCUGCCUCCCUUCACUCCAGGGGGCAGGCUGCUGGAGAACCAUACUCCUUUCUCCGAGGAGGAGGAGGAGGAUGGAGAGGAGGAGGAGGAGGAGGAGGAGGAGAAGGGGGUUCCUCAGUAAACAGCCCGUGCAGGGGAUUUGCAAGAGGAGCACACACACUCACACUCACUCACACACUCUCACACACACACACUCGUCCGGCUCUCCUGUGUGCAAACAUCGAGUCUUUCAUCCACCGAGACUGAAGGUUCUUUGGAGGUGUUGCUAUCGAUGUGAGGGGAAACCAGGUCAUGUGACCCUCCCCCCCCCCCAGCACGGUAGACUGAGUGAGGACGCACCGAGGUCAUGUGACGCCGCCCUUCGAUCACGAGACGUUCUGAGUUGGCCAGGACUCUUCCGGCUUCCUGCUUGGAGGUAGAUAUUUCAUGACAGCAUCAGAAGAUGGAGCAUCUGUAAUAGCCGCUCCGUGACUCGGGUAUUUCUAUGUCCUUUUAACACGGUCAGCUGGAAGAGUAUCGCUUACAUCCUGUUGUCACAGCAACGCUGACCAAAGCAGGAAGGCUGUGGUUGUGUCUGAAUUCUUGUCUGCAAUCGGCACGUUUGAAAGUGCAGCUCAGAGUUUGAUUGCAGAUUUGAAGAGAUUGCAGGGUUCAAAUCCCUACAUGUCACUUUGGAAAAUGGCGUCUGCUAAAUGAAUAUGUCAUCACACUGUUCAGAAGGCGCUGUUUAGUGGGUGUUGAUGUGGUCGGGUUUGCAAUAAUAAACAUCCUGCGUUCGACGGUCCAAAGGAAGUAAUCAACUAACAGUACCAAAGACCUUUAUUGGGUUUAAACAACCAAGCACAGUUUGACGCAGAAGCCGACAUUUAGACUGCCAAAUAGACCCUUCAGCAUGUACCGUAUUUUUCGGAAAUCAAGCAGCGGUUUAUACCCCGAUUUGACUUUUUUCUUGUGGUGGUGGGGCUUAUAUUUCGAUGUGGCUUAUAGCACGUGUUUAUAACAAAACAACAGUAGAAACACCUUUUUCGUGAAUGCUAUUGUAAAUAUUAGUUAAUUCCCGGGCUAUAGAAAACAUACAUUACGCACUUACUUACUUUAGUUUUCGAAGUGUGUUACACAAUGGCAUGCUGUAAGAUCGCCUAUACUCGUGCGUUGCUUGAUAUCGUUGUUCCCGUAUCAAGUGCGGCAUAUAUUCCAGUGCGGCUAAUAUUCAGAUUUACAAAGCUCCCAUUCUGGUGGGGUGCGGUUUAUAGAACAUGCGGCUUAUUUUCCCCAAAAUACGGUAGGCCUCGUUUUCACGUACUAUACUCUCCCAUGUGUAUACUUAGUAUGGAGAAUUCAGACACAGCCAAUGUCAAGAUUCUACGCGUGUUUGUCUUUUAACAUGACACAUCCACGUCCUCUAUUUUUGACUAUGCUCAGUAACAUACCGUUGUGUGACAACUCGACACAUUUAAACCCUCUGUUUACCUCUUUGGUGAGAAGACCGACUGACUGGUGAUAUUUUCGUAACGUUUUAUACCGUGUGUAUAAUCUUACAGGAAGUCUAGCUGGUGGAAAUAAAGUUCUCUGUUGUGGCAACCGUGAGUGGAACUUCCUCCUUCCUCCUCCUCUGGUUCUUAGACUCCAGAAGCAGAACCAGAACCAGAAGCAGAACUGGGUUGGGCAGUGGGUCUCCAGGUCCGCAGCUCAGCCACAGGGAAUGAAGAAGCAGCAGCAGCAGGUUGGAGGUCUAAAGAGGACUGUCACCUCUGUCUUUAAUAAAUAGUAGUCCAGUAGACUGGAAAUGUUACGUAAU